CCCCAUCAGCGUGGCUCGCCCCGCCCACUUCUUAUUGCAAAUAUUUCAGAGCGUAAUGACUCCGUGUGUACACACAGCAAGCGAAUAAGAUCUUUAUAGCCAGCGUCUUGCAAACGUUGGUUCUGUAGAAAUCGAGCGACCCAUAUCGAAGACUUGAUAAGACGAGGAACAGUUUUCUCUCCGGAAAACUCGGAGUCGCAAUUUGGACUGGGAUGUAAAAAAAAAAAAAAGGAAAAAAGAAAAAAGGAGGGAGAGAGAAAGCGAGAGAAGGAAAUUAUCUGAAAGUAUCUUCAACACUUCUUAGACGCAGUGCAGUUUGUUUCUGUGAAUGACUGAUAUGAUGAACAUUUCUGAGUGACUUUAUACGGAACUUUCACCACUUCUACGCUUAAAACAAAGACAUCGCCAUUUUGGAAUAGAACAGAAAUCUAAUAAUCAUAAUUAUCCCUUUAAGCACUGUCGUGUUUGACGAGACUGGAUUUGACGAAUGGAGUCACAUGGCCCAAGUUGAAUCACCCUGGAUUCGCUACCCGAGCAUCAAACAGGAACCAGUCGACGAUCACGCGAACAGCUCCCUGAACGCGCGCGGCCAAACGCGUCCCGAUAACAACGACAACCGGGUUCCGUCAGUCGGCAACCCCUACCCCCGGGACGGCUGUGACCGUGGCAUGCAGCCAGGCCUUGGGUUGAAUCUGCAAGGAAACGGCCCCUUACUGCCCAGCGAGGACGUAGAAGUGUUCUUCAAUCAUCUGGAGCGACCCGGCGUUCCCGGCGCUUUCUCUCACGCAGACUCCGUGCCGUCUAACCACCCGGCCAUGUUCCAGAACGCGAUGCACGCGAUGUCGAUGCAGCCGCCGGCGGCCGCGGCUCCAAACUACCCCCACGAGAACCCGUCCAACUCGUUCAUCCAUUCGGGCGCCAGUCCGGUGUACGUCCCGACCACAAGGACCAUGAUUCCGAUGGGUUACGGGGGCACGGGGCAAACCGUGACCACGCCCAACUCGCCCGCCAUGUGGGGGAUGCAGCCUGAGGGGGUGUCGUACAGCACCGCCGCCGCCAACACCCACCCACCUGUGUCGCCGAGGUUCGCCUUCACCCCUAGCGCCAACUCCCCGAUCUCCACCCCCACGGGACGACCCGACAGCAGUUUCAGCACGCCGCUGCCCCGCCCCGGCGGACUGAAUCCGUACCCCACCUACAUGAGUCCAGAGUUGUCUCCCUGGAACACGUUUAACAAUAUGGCAUUGCAGCAGGGCUUGAGACGUGCCGGGCCUGGCGAGUUUCCGUUUUCAGAUGGACAGGACUAUUUCGCUGACCUGGAGGGGAGAGAGUGUGUCAACUGUGGCGCUAUUUCCACGCCUCUGUGGCGUAGAGACGGCACGGGACAUUACCUCUGUAAUGCCUGUGGACUCUACCAUAAAAUGAAUGGAAUCAACCGACCGCUCAUCAAGCCGCAACGCCGCCUGUCUGCUUCGAGACGGGUUGGCCUGUCCUGUGCUAACUGCCACACAAGUACAACGACACUAUGGAGGCGUAACAACGAGGGGGAACCAGUGUGUAACGCCUGUGGUCUUUAUUAUAAACUACAUGGAGUGAACCGGCCUCUGGCGAUGAAGAAGGACGGAAUUCAGACGAGGAAGAGAAAACCGAAAAGUCUUUCCAAGAGCAAAACACUGGUUAAGAGUGAACCACAAGAUAUGAAGCCCGUACAGUCUCCGUCGAUGACGUCGCUUCAGAACACGACCAAUGGCCAUUCGUCAUCUCCCAUCCAAUCAAUUGCCAACCUCAGCUUGCCUAACGGGACUCUGACGUCACUCAGUCCCGGCAGUGUCUCGGAAUCCAGCACCACGAUGAGCUCCCCCAUCAAUAUGACGUCACCAAGUCACAUGUUCGCAACUCCGUCUCCACCAAAGGCAGUUCCCGUGCACAUGGACUCGGAUUCUCACUCGCACAACGGGUUACACAUGCAGGACACGUCAUCGCUUAACGCUGUGUCUGUGGGGGCUAAUUGAUGACGUCAUAAUCAUAUCACCAAGCGUUGUGACGUUUUGACAUUGUGGGUGGCAUAGAAACAUUUGUAACUAAGACUACAAAUUACUCUCCUCAAGGGUUGCUGGUGCAUCCAAUGGAAAAGUUUCUAAUGCCACAAUGAAAUGGUUAAUCAUCCGCAGAAUACGUAAUGACGUUUAGUUACUCAUAUAGAAAAAAAUAUUGUUGGUGACAUAAACAUCGGGAUACAUAACGACACUGUGAACUGUUUUUCAUACAUCACGUCAUAUAAAGUAAAUAUAUGAUUUCAUCAGAAGUAAAUUACGUAAGGACUCUGACAGGAUUUGAUGGUUCGUGGCAUUAUCAUCAGAAAGAUACAGCAUACAGUGUGAAUUGAUUCCUCAUACAAUAAAUAUAUUGUUAAAAAACACCAUCAACAAGAUAUGUAAUAGCAUUUUGUGUACAAAGCCAAAGAAACUAGCACAAAUACAAGACAUUUGUUGUGACGUCAUGAAGAAGAACGAAGAUUAGAGGGUGUUACGAAGUUGACACCGACUACCUCAUUUAAUACAGUGAAAGACAAUCAUUUAAUCACAUGUAAAUCUUCAAACUGUGGAAUGAGACCACUGGUGUAUUUAUAAUAACCGACUUAAUAUGCCGUCCUUUUUACACUGUGGUUGACACAAAUAUGUACUUUGCUAGACAUCAGUAGAUACGUGUCUAGCUAUUAGUGGGGGCAGCUAACGGUGACACUGAGAAUGGCGGUGGCCUUUAUGGUUGUCAUAGCAGCAUUUGUAAAUAAUCAUACACAUUGAUGAAUUUACCAAUCAUAAGCCUUCUUCAAUAAAUGUUUUUUUUUUCUCAGAAGCGGAUAAAAAUGUGGUAUGUGAAGAGGUGGGGUGGUGUUGGGUUGGGUUUUUUUUUUAAAUUGCCUUUUUAUUUAUUUUUAUCAUUCGAUUUUGAUGAGAGCUGCUUCAUUUUGACAUUUGAUCAUCUUUCAGCCUAACCCAAAUCCUAAAUUGCCUGCUGUUUAUCUGCUUGUAGCUCUUAUACAGUUGCCACAACCCCAUCCCAAGAAAAACCGUUAGCUCUGGCCCUGUUUCUGCCGUACUGACCUAAUCAAAUUAAUGUUUUAAAUGUUUGUUUAUUUUCUUUUCGUAUACGGUUUUAAGAGUCUUAUUUAAAUGGUUGACAUUUUAUUUGUGAUUUAUAACACUUAGAAACUGUUUUUCUGAAAUAUAUUAUGCUGAAUUUACGAAGCCUGUUUUUACUUAAACGCGAGUGUUUUAAGCCUUGUAAAUGUAAUGUCGUUACACGCGUCUAAGACACAAACCGGCUUUGUAAAUUCGGCCUGUUGUGUAGAUAUGUAAAAUAUCCCAGGUCAACAAUCUAGUGUCCCCUUGCAGGGCUGUAUCUAGCAGGGAGGAAUGGGCGGGGGGGGGGGGGGGAGCAGUAACUGUUGUCCCCCACCUCGGAAAAAUAACAGACUCUAUAUUACUGUGGGUGUGGGUAAGUUUUGCCAUGCUUCCAUCAGAGAACUGUUAAGGCACGCCUGUCGUGGGCACAACCUCUGACUUCGCCAGAGAGUUCUGUUCAUGACAGGAACCUAUAUUACUGUGCCCUGUUUCGUUUUCUUUUUGACCUCCCCAAGUUAUUUUAAGCUAGAUACAGAUCUGGAAUAUUGGAAGAAAGAACGAAAGAAAUGUUUUAUUUAACGACGCACUCAACACAUUUUAUUUACGGUUAUAUGGCGUCAGACAUAUGGUUAAGGACCACACAGAUUUUGAGAGGAAACCCGCUGUCG